CAGCCCGGCCCAGGAAGUGACUCGCAGCCGCUGCGGGGACUCUGGCUCCCGGCGAGAUCCCCGAGCCCCGGCGGCUGGUGCUGGGAGCCCGGAGCCCGGGCUGCAGCCGGGAGAGGGGAACCUCCAGCCGGGCCCUGCCCGCUGCUCCCCGGGAGCCUCUCCCAGGGCAGAGCCCCCAGCCCCCUUCCCGGCCCGGCCCCUGCCCCGGGGGGGCCCCGCUCGGAGGGAAGGUAAGAGAGACCAGCCGCCCCCCAGGCUGCUCCCAGCGAAGCCGGCUGCGAUUCCCUGCCCGGGGCCCAGGAAAGCUGCCGCCAGCUGCCGGCUGAGGAAUCACGUCCAUAUUUCGCUCCAGAUCGGCCCGUCUUCCAGGAGACCGGGAAGGGAAAUGGCUGUCAUGGAGCCAGAUCAGAUGCCGGUGACCUUCGAGGAGGUGGCUGUGUAUUUCACCCAGGGGCAGGGGGCUCUGCUGGACCCCGCUCAGAGAGCCCUCUACACAGAUGUCAUGCAGGAGAACUAUGAGACGGUGACCUCGCUGGGAUUUCCCGUUCCCAAACCUCAGCUGAUCGCUCUGCUGGAACGAGGGGAAGAGCCGUGGGUGCCUGAUCUCCAGGCCUGUGAGGAAAGAAGGCUUCGUAGAUGCACCCACACAGCAGGUGCUGAGCAAGGGAGUGAGAACAAGGAGGAGAAUCAUCAUGAGGAAGUUCCUGGGGAAGUGGAACCGCAGGGAACCAUUCUAGGAAGAGCUGAAGGGAAUUUUUCCCAUUGCUGGGAGCAAGGAGAAGCCUUGGGAAAUUGGCACAGGUCAGAGAGGCUUCUGGGAAACUUCCCAAGGAAGAAAGUGGAUGAAUCUAUUAAUGGUGGAGAAGGAGACGAGGAUCCCAGAGCGCAGCAGACAAAUCCCAAAGAAGAGACAUCCUGGCACUGCCUGCAGUAUGGGAAAGGAUUAAUUGUGAGAUCACAGCUUGCGACACAUCAGACAAUCCAUACUGGAGAGGAACCUCUUCAAUGCUUGGACAGUGGGGAAAGCUUCAGUAAGCGCAGAGAUCUUAAUAACCGUAGGAGAAGCCACACUGGAGAGAAGCCCAUUCAAUGCGUUGAAUGUGGGAAAUGUUUCAGUUCAAAGUCAGCACUAAAUUCACAUGAGAAAAGCCACACAGGAGAGAGACCCCUUAAGUGCUUAGACUGUGGGAAAAGUUUCAAAUGGAGGUCGGUGCUUGUUAAUCAUCAGGCAAUCCACACAGGAGAGAGACCCCAUAAGUGCUUAGACUGUGGGAAAAGUUUCAAAUGGAGGUCGGUGCUUGUUAAUCAUCAGGCAAUCCACACAGGAGAGAGACCCCAUAAGUGCUUGGACUGUGGGAAAAGUUUCAAACGAAAGUCAGAUCUUGCUAAUCAUCAGGAAACCCACACAGGAGAGAGACCCCACAAGUGUUUUGACUGUGAGAAAAGUUUUCUACGAAGGUCAAACCUUGUUCAACAUCAGGCAAUCCACAAAGGAGAGAGACCCCACAAGUGCUUGGAUUGUGGGAAAAGUUUCAUACAAAGAUCAAACCUUGUUCAACAUCAGGCAACCCACAGAGGAGAGAGACCCCACAAGUGCUUGGACUGUGGGAAAAGUUUCAGACAGAGGUCAACCCUUGUGAAACAUAAGGCAACCCACAUAGGAGAGAGACACAAGUGCUUCGACUGUGGGAAAAGUUUCAUACAGAGGUCAACCCUUGUUAAACAUCAGGCAAUCCACACAGGAGAGAGACCCCACAAGUGUUUUGAGUGUGGGAAAAGUUUCAAGAGGAAGUCAGACCUUGUUAAUCAUCAGGCAAUCCACACAGGAGAGAGACCGCACAAGUGCUUGGACUGUGGGAGAAGUUUCAUACGGAGGUCAGACCUCAUUAAACAUGGGAGAAUCCAUGGCAAGAAAGCGUUAAGCAACUUGCAUGUAAUUGACUGAGAUUUACCCUCAGAUUCAACCUUUAGAGAGAUAUUUUAAAAGUGUGUCCACCUUAGAUAAGCUAGAGUUUGAAAUGUAAACGUGUAUUACUAAAGACUUGGAAGAAGAGGGGUAACUGUAGUGGUCUAUGUUUAGCUAUAUCUUGUUAGAGGUUAACAAUUUAUCCAAAGGGUUCCUGUAUUCUGUUAAUUCAGGGAUCAAUAAUUCAGAGAUUAUAUCCAUCGUCCCUGUGACCUGCCCAAUUCUAGCUCAGUCACAUUGAAAUCACUGGGGGUAGGGGCUAAAGGAUGGAGGGAAUGUUAAUAGUUGAAAUCUCCAAAAUGUGUUUUGCAAGGUUAAUGUUAAUGGGAUUUGCUCCGCUCUCCUGUUCGGGUAUUUUCUCUGGGGAGCCCGGAGACAGAAAGGAGCAGGUGUUACCAUCUUGGCUGCCAGUUCCAAUGGUGACGAUCUACACUAGCAAUUCUCAAACUAUGGAGUAGGCCUCCCAAGGGAGGCAUGAUCUGUGAGGGGUUUUUUUUUUUUUUUGAAAGAGCACUGGCUGUCAGCCCCACGUGGCUAGGGCUCAUGAAGAAGGAACAGGCCUAUGUGGGAGGUGGGGAUACAUGCUCAGGCUCUCAAAACCCGGGUGGAGCAGCAGCAGAGAAGUCAGGGUGGCAAUGGGGUGAUAAGUCUGCGGUGAACAGCGAUAUUGAGGAAUAUCACUUUUCACGUGGCCACCCUUCCUUCUGUGCUGCUGCUGGAGGCCUUCAGAGCUGGGGGCCUUGCCAGCAACGACUCUGCCUUUCGAGCUCAAUGGCGAUGUAUGUGCCUGUGAGGGUGGGGGCGUAAAUGACCACAGACACAAAGAAGGGGGGGGCACUGAAACACAUUUGAGAACCACUGGUCUACACUCUUAUGGUCACCACAUUUACAAAAUGAGAAAUCUACAAAGUAUGUCUUGUGAGGUAUCGUAGGAAAAGUCGUCAUCUGCUGAAUAUUAUUGUCUGGUUAAAAUGUGUCUGUCAACAUUCCUGGGCUCCCCCGCCCCGGCCAGGAGCGUCGCAGAGUUGAAGCCGGGGGCCCCCCUCACCCCAGCCGGGAGCAGUGUGGAGCUGAAGCUGGCAGGCCCCCCAUCCCCGAAGCCGGGUGCAGGGGGGAGGCAGAAGCCAGUGUGGCCCCCACCAUCUCCAAAUCUCGGAGCAGUGGGGAGGCUGAAGCUGGGACCCCCAAUGCCCCCUGAAGCUGUGAGUUGUACUGGGAACCCCCCCUGCCAGUACCCAGCCUCUAGCUACCUCCUUCCUGCACCCAUAGCUACCCCCUGCCUCCACACAGCCCCUAGCUACCUCCUGCUUGAACCCUAAGCAGUUUUCUAACUUUUUGAGCUGAGUCCCCUCCACUGAGUUAUGUUUUUUGGUUGCAUCCCCCCACUACCCAGACAGGUGGGUGGCCUCCUGAGUGAGUAAGGGGGUGGAGGUGCUGCCUCCUCCCUGGAGCCCCGCCAGCCCUUGACCCCCCCCCCACAGAAGUAAAACUAUGGCUAUGCCCAAGGGUGUCCCCCCGGCCCGGAGCCCCACACUUCUCCCCCCCUUCCCCCCACAUGCACCCUGGCAUUUUUAUAGGAUGCAGAAGGGGGCGUCAGCAAGAUAAAGGUUGAAAACCCCAGAUGUGAAAGACGGCUGGAUGCUUACUUAGGCCACAGACUGACUGUCACCUGCCCCCCAGCUGCGGGGUGAACCUCAAAGAGGAGAGUGGUAUAAAAGCACAAGGGAGAAUUGCCUCCAUUUUUACCCCUCCUCUCCCAUCUUUACAGAAGGCAACAAGAUGGCUUGAAAGCCCACAGGGGAGGGCGGACCAAGGCGGGAAGGAAAUCCAGCCUGGGUCCUGUGAGCUGCCUGCAACAGCAGGUGGGGUGGGAAAACCUGCUUGCUUCGCAUCUUCCUUAGAUUGGUAGAAUUUAGGAUUUAAAAUGCAUGUUUUAAUUUUAUUUUUUAACCAGUUCUGACCUUUUACAUCUUUCUCCCUUGUAAGCCCUGAAAACCUCCUUGUUCCAGUUAAUAAAUGCAUUUUAG